UACAUAUCAAUCUCUUUUCCAAUUUUAGCUUUCUAAUUUAUGAUAUUUAAGAAUAAUACAAAGCAAACAGAUUCAAAUACCUAGCUGUAUAGUAAAUUAAUCUUUUUCCCGUAUUAACGUGGAAUAUAAGCGUUAAAUUAAUGGCCAUAAAAUGACAUAAUUUUAAAAAAAAAGUAGUUGUCGCAUUGAGAGUAUUGAUUAAGAUUUAACUUUAGACAUAGAUUUAAAUCGUUUAACAGAUGGCUGAACUAUUUAUUAUAGACAGGGUAGAGUGUGUUUGUUUACUUUUCAAUACCAUAUACGGAUUCCUACUCUUCUAAACAGUUAAAAGAGUGUGUUACAUUCUACCUGAUCAAAGCUUUUUUUGUGUGCGAUUCCAGUGGAAAUUUAAGCUGAUAACAGACCAUGGGUGAUGCAUCAAUUGACAUGGAACAUCGUGAUCCAAACGACCUAAACUAUCACGUGAAGACAAACUUUUCAGAGGUCAUUGGAGAACCCGAUGGAGGUCAUAGCGCCGAUUGCGUAUGGGUGAAUUCAAACAAAUGUUUCUUUAUUGGAAAGAAUAUUUGCUAUAAAAUUCUCACUUUUAUAUGUGCCAUUCCCAUGGCAUUUUGUUGGGGUUGCCAAUUCGCUUGCCUUACUUUCUGUCACAUCUGGCACGUUACACCGUGUUAUAGAGUAUUUGCUGUCAACCUCUCUUGCGCUGCCAAAUUCUGGUCAGCAAUGAUACACUGUUACUGCGAUCCAUGUUACGAGGCUAUGGCUUUGAGUAUGACGAAAAUCUUUUUCAACCAUGUCCAAAAUGCAAAACCAUUUGAUGAGAAAACUUACGAAGGCUUCGAAGAGUUCCAGAAGAGAGGGAAAGAAAAGAAAUACGGAGAAGAUCCUGCCGAUCAUUACUCUAAUGCUUAGACUUUUUUUAAAAUUAGUGUUUGUUUAGAGUUAACAGGCAAUCUUACAAAAAAGUGUACUUACAUGCGGCCUCUCUUGUGUCUUAUAAGAAAGUAGCAUUUAGUUAUGUAUAUUACGUAAUAGAUGGCAUUGCUGUUAAAGAUUAUAAAACGUUUGCCUUUUCUCUAUGUAAUAAACUCUUUUUUUGUUUGUAAAAGUUCACUAUGAAAAGUAUUUAUCGCUUGCUCUUGUCUUAAUUAAUACGAUAACACGAACAGAUUUUCCUACACAAUGAUGUAUUUAUAUUAGAUUUAUAAUGUAGUUUUGAGAUGAGAAGAAAGGAGUAUAGUCAAAUCUUUGUCCACCUUCGUUCCAUCCUUCAAAGAUUUCUUUAAUGUUUAUUUUUUAAUGCGUAAAUAUAGAUAAAAAACUGCUUAAAAUCAUUAUCAUUAACCGCAAAAUUGGUAAAUAUUUUGCUUUAUAAGUAAUUCUUUAUUAAUGUCGAACAAGGGGACAGAGAGAGAGAGAGAAAAGCAGAGGGGAUAGAGGGGAUUUUUAAGAUGAAGUCAGGGGGGAAGGAAUUGGAAAAUAACUAUCUAUAUGCAAAAAAUUACGAAAUAAUCUACAUUAAAUGAAGAUGUAAAAAUAAGCAGGAAG